UUCAACACAUUCUUUAAUGAUCCCGCUGCACAAAUGGGGCUGCAGUUUUCACAGAGUGCGUUCAAUGCAUCGCAGCAGUACAUGCAGCAGAAUUUCCAGCAGUUUGUGUCGAGCGAGGACAUCAAGUACUACUUCAAGGUGUCCAACGCGUAUGUGCUGAAGAAGCUCUUGCUCAUCCUUUUCCCGUACAGCAACAAGAGUUGGAUCAGACAGAACAAGUCGGACGUGAACGGCUCUGCUGGUGGCAGCAACGCUGCAGAGCUGUUUGCGACGCCGAUCGAGGACGUGAACGCUCCAGACCUAUACAUCCCGACGAUGGCGUUCUUGUCGUACAUCCUCGUGUGGGCGUUAGGCGAGGGUGUGAAGGGAGACUUCCACCCCGAGAUGCUGGGUUACGCCACCACGAGAACGAUGGCGUUCUACAUCAUGGACUUCAUCUUGCUCCGGAUCUCCUUCUACGUCUUGGGCAUCAACUCGAAAAACAGCAAGAUCUGGGAUCUUGUCAGCUACACCGGAUACAAGUUUGUUCCGAUACUGGUGUUGCUUGUCCUCGAGUCGCUCACGGGCUACUCCGCCGUCGUGAGGUACGUCGGCCUCGUGGUGCUCGUGUUUUCGCUCGGCUUCUUCAUGAUGCGCAGCCUCCGCUACGUCGUCCUCCCCGGCGGCGGCUUUGGCGGCGAGAGCCGGAUCCGCAUGCAGUAUCUCUUUGCAUACUGCUUUAUUGUUCAGGGGCUCUUUGUGUGGCUCAUGACG